AUGGUUGAUUCUAGGGUUCCCUCUCCUAUCACCAAUUCCCAAAUGAUCGUGAUGAAGCUUCUCUCUUUCUCGUUGCUUUCGUUUCUCUUCACGACGGCGAUAGCGACGGAGACACCAAAAGAGCCUCUAAUCACUCGUAUCGCCUUCGGAUCAUGCGCUAAUCAAAGCGCUCCACAGCCGAUUUGGGAUGCGAUAAACGAGUUUGAUCCGCAAGUGUUCGUUUGGCUGGGUGAUAACAUCUACGGAGAUAUCAGAAAACCAAAUAGAGUGAUUGGGAAAGAGAGAACCAUUGGUCCAUGGAGGAAUUCGCCGAGGUUUGUGCCUUCUUCAGAGGAAGAAAUGAAAUCGAGAUACGCCAAAGCCAAGGCUAAUCCUGGCUAUUCUCGUCUCCAGAGAAAAACCAGAGUAAUCGGCACUUGGGACGAUCAUGAUUACGGAUUGAACGACGCCGGAAAAGAGUUUGAUCGUAAAGUCAUUAACCAAAAACUCAUGCUUGAUUUCUUAGAUGAGCCUCUUGAUAGCCCAAGGAGAAAGCAAGCUGGAGUUUAUGCAUCUUAUACUUUUGGUCCACCUAACAAGAAUGUCAAGGUGAUAGUGUUAGAUACCAGAUAUCACAGAGACCCUCUGCGAAGUGACGGGAGUUUUUUGGGUGAUACACAAUGGGAAUGGCUCGAGAAAGAGUUAAGAGGUCCUCGCAGCGAGAUUACAAUCAUAGGAUCGUCUGUUCAGGUGAUAUCAAAUCUAUCUGCUACCACAGGACCACUCUUUUAUAUGGAAUCGUGGGGACGUUUUCCCAAGGAAAGGAAACGUCUUUUCCAGCUGAUAGAAGCUACAAAGAGAAAUGGAGUUGUUUUCAUCAGUGGAGAUGUUCAUUUCGGAGAGAUCACGAGAUAUGAUUGUGCUGUUGGGUACCCGUUAUAUGAUGUUACCUCUAGUGGUCUAGUUCAAUCUGUUGAGAAAGUGUUCCCUCGUCCGUUGCGUGUCAUCGUUAGGCUUCUCUUUUGGUAUACUCCAACCACAAUGAGAGUCAUCAAUGGAAACUGCAGAUACAGAUCGUGCACAUACGGACAACAAAAUUUUGGAGCAAUAUCGAUAGAUUGGAAUGCAAAUCCGGCUACCAUAAGGCUAGAGGUGAGAGAUGUUAACGGAGUCACAGUACUAGGAACAAAUGUUUCACUGUCCACACUCCAACCACAAGGCUUGAAAGAUUCAACCACAAAGGGAAAGUCUCAACGAUAUUGCACCCUCGAAGUUGAUUUACCGGGAACAGUUAGAUACCGAUUGGCGGUUCUCAUCUACUUCAUCAUUUCUGUCUUGGCAAUGGCGUUACUAGGACUGAUUGUUGGAACUGUACUGACUAUAACAGCAUGCGUUCACAAAUGCAAGCUCGACUGA